AUCACAUUAUGACAUCACACAGAGGUAACAAAGCGUCGAGCUCCGAUCAAACCGACGAUGCACACCAAGGUACCUGAUGAUGUCAUAAAGAAAACUGGUGACGUCACAAAAGAUACUGGUGACGUCACAAAAGAAAAUGAUGAUGUCACAAAAGAUACUGGUGAUGUCACAAAAGAAAAUGAUGAUGUCACAAAAGAAAAUGAUGAUGUCACAAAAGAAAAUGAUGGUGUCACAAAAGAAACUGGUGAUGUCACAAAAGAAAAUGAUGAUGUCACAAAGAAAGGUGAUGAUGGCAUAAAAGAAAAUGAUGAUGUCACAAAGGAAAAUGAUGAUGUCACAAAACAAACUGAUGAUGUCACAAAUGAAGGUGGUGAUGUCAUAAAGGAAGUUAAUGAUGUCAUAAUUGAUCCUGAUGACAUCAUAGAUGAACUUGAUGACAUCAUCGAGUUACAUGACAUCAGCCUUACAAGCGUUGAUCAUGAUCGUGAUGGUUCACGUGAUGAUGAAACUCAUGAUGAUUUGAAUCACGUGAACGGGGAAGGGGUUCCACACAAACCAGUGAGACAGAAAUUACAGAAACAUAAACCGGACGUACUCAUUGUUGAUGAUGAUGACAUCAUAAUCACCGAUGAUGAUGUCAUAGACCCGUCAAUCUACAGUGACGUCAUAAAGGAGGGAAAGGAAUAUUUGAUGUUGGAAGAAAUGAAAUAUGAAAAACAGAAAGAUAAUGUACAAGAAGAAAAACUACAAGAAGAAAAACAACAAGAAGAAAAACAACAAGAAGAAAAACAACAAGAAGAAAAACUACAAGAAGAAAAACAACAAGAAGAAAAACAAAAAGAAAAUAAGCAAGAAGAACAUAAAAUAGAAAUUGCCUUAAUAGAAAAAGAAACAGAACAAAACGUACAACAAGAAGAAUUACAACAAGAAAAAUCGCAACAAGAAGAAUUACAACAAGAAAAAUCGCAACAAGAAGAAUCGCAACAAGAAGAAUCGCAACAAGAAGAAUCGCAACAAGAAGAAUUUCCCCCACCCCCAUUGUUUUUGUUGGAUGGGGAAUUCCCUGUUAUGGGAAAUGGAACAAAGUUGGAUGAUCUUGAAUACGAGAGCGUUUCACUGCCCUCUAAUGGUGGGAGCAUCACAACGAUUCAGCAGAAUAUCGAUGAGUCAGCUAAACUUGAUCGCAACGCAAAUACCUUCCCUAAACAGGAGAGCCCACUCACCGAAACUGACAAAACAGCGAUCGAAAUCGAAAAACUACACGCCCAAAUAAGAAGAAUGAGAAACUCACAGAAAAAGAAAGAAAAAAGUCAAAAUAGAAACACGUGGCACCCGGGAUCACUAGUGUUCGUACCAAAGAAUACCAAUACCACCCAUAAAGACAUUGAAGUUGCCCCAACAACCGGCAUCGAGUUAUCCAACGAUGGUGAAAUUAAGAGGAAUAAGCAAAAACCAAACAAAGAAACGACAAACGAACAACCAGCCCCACGUGGUCGGCCGACCUUACCAAGUUAUUACAAGAAGUUUCUUGGAGUGAAUGCUUUUACUGCAGGGGAGGAAAAAAAGUAAUUUGUUUAAUUUUAUAUUCGGUGACCUUUGUUAUACAAAUAAUUUAACGUACUUUUUAUUUUUGCUGUGGAAUAAUUUUGUGACCGAUGGUUUUUGCCAAGGUAUUUUGAUUGCGCAUCACUGCUUAUAUCUCUGUAAUUGAUCCUCGCCAAGUAUCCAUUAUGUUUAACUAUUACCAGUGUUGCCAGUUAGUUUUCCGAAUCAUUGUCGCAAUAUUCACAUCUAGCCGUAGUUUAUUUGUAAAUUUUCUGCAGUCGACAAUAUUUUAGCAGUAUUCAUGAUGUCAUUAAUGCUACUAUGAUGUCAUAAAUGGUACAUUGUCAUAUAUAUCUUCCAUUGUGAAUAAUAAACAGCAUUAUGACAUCA